AGCUCUUCAUCAGUCUCAAACUCUCGAGUCUUUGACGAUACAAACUCACAACAGCGGGACAAAAUGGCAGAAGUAGCUCCAGCUCCAGCCGCCGCCGCGCCCAAAGCAGCCAAGAAGAAGGUAUCCAAGCCCAAGAAGGUCGGUCCCAGCGUCUCUGACCUCAUCGUGAAAACUGUCGCCGCAUCUAAGGAGCGGAGCGGUGUGUCUGCUGCCGCCGUCAAGAAGGCUCUGACCGCCGGAGGAUACGAUGUGGACAAGAACAAGGCCCGCGUCAAGACCGCCAUCAAGAGCCUGGUGGCCAAGGGGACUCUGGUCCAGAUCAAGGGGAUCGGGGCCUCUGGCUCCUUCAAGAUGAGCAAGACGACCGCCGACAAACCGGUGAAGAAAGCCGCUCCUAAAGCCAAGAAGCCCGCAGCGAAGAAACCCGUAGCGGCCAAAAAGCCCAAAGCAGCGGCAGUGAAGAAAGUUGUAGCCGCUAAGAAGUCACCGAAGAAGGCCACGAAACCCGCAGCGGCCAAGAAGGUGGCCAAGAGCCCCAAGAAGGUAGCAAAAAGCCCCAAGAAGGUGGCCAAGAGCCCCAAGAAGGUGGUGAAAAAGGCCCCCGCAGCCAAGAAAUCCCCCGUGAAGAAGACUGCAAAGCCCAAAGCCAAGAAAGCAGCACCCAAGAAGAAGUGAGCAGCGGUCUGAAGAACCAACACCUCUAAAAAAAAAAGGCUCUUUUAAGAGCCACCCAAUUCAUCUAAAAAGCACUUUCUUUGUAAUCCAUUGUAAUGAAUCGUUGCCGAAAUAGAUAUUUUAAGUAAAGCUGGUCUGUUUGCAGCCUUGAGGAUUGAACUUUCCAUGUUUUAACUCCAUGGAAAUGUUCAUGACAUGAUCACUUGGUCUGGAGAUUCAAGAUCAGUAGAACUCAACUGAAAGUUCAUGUCAUUGGAAUAGAUUGAGGAAUUGAAAGGAUUCAUUCAUUUCAUUUCGACAAUUGUUUGCCUGAUAUGAGCAUGGAACACACCUGAAGAGAAGACAACAAUAAAAUAUGAAGAGAAGCAU